AUCCAAAGCAAAAAGAUCAUCCGUUGGCUUAUACAUUGAUCCUUAUUUUUAUCGAAAGUAUUUUUACAUGCAUUAUAUAAAUUUAAAUGUUAUCGAUGUUUUUUUGAUAAGCAGUCACUCUCACCUCUAGAUAAGUAGGUAGGAAAUCGGAUAAGGAGUUGGAAUAACCGGAGAAAGCUACACUACAAGAAUGAAAGAAGUAAAGAUGCAGUGUUUGAGUAUAAUGAUUUUUGGAACAUUAUUCUUUUUGGAGUGCUCGGGACACAGAAUAAUCGCCACUCGACACGGAACCGUAUUGGGUAAAAGAAGAUACGUACUAGGUAAUGAAAUUGAUGUAUUUUUGGGUAUUACCUACGCAGAAGCUUCCCACGAGAAGACGAGAUUCACUUUAUCCUUUCCCUCCUCCAAGUGGAAAGAGGUCUACAAUAUUGAAAAGCCACCCACCUGCAUUCAAAACCCUCCUGUACCAAAAUUCGAAUGGGUCCCCGAUUUACAAAAUAUGGCCGAAGAUUGUCUUUACUUGAACGUUUGGGUUCCAGCAAAAAAGAACGACAAAGAAUCAUUUUCUACCAUGGUAUGGAUUCACGGAGGGGGAUUUAAUACGGGAUCAUCUAAUAUGGAUAUUUAUGACGGUGGAGUGAUAGCGUCUUUAGGCAAUGUUAUUGUGGUUUCCAUUAAUUAUCGUCUAGGCGCCUUCGGAUUUCUCUAUUUUGGUAAGGAUUACACUCCCGGUAACGUUGCAAUGUUGGACCAAGUGUUUGCUCUCAGAUGGAUUCAAGAAAAUAUAGCCGCAUUCGGAGGUAGCAAAGAUAAAAUUACCCUUUUUGGGCAAAGUGCAGGUGCCUGGUCCAUCGGUACUCAUAUAGUUUCUCCUCUCUCUCAGGGACUCUUUAAUAGAGUUAUACUUCAAAGCGGAAGCGUUUACCAUCCUUCUGUAGUAGUGGAUCCAGGUCAGAACAUUCUGGUAAGCACCUUUCUUGCCAGCGAAUUGGGAUGCUUCAACGAUUCUUACCAAACAGCAAUUAAGUGUAUGAGAGAAAAAAGUGCGGAUGAUAUAAGCUUUAUCGAAAAGGCAAUUACGAAAUCAAAGCAAACCCUUCUUUGCUUCUUGCCACAGGUCCAAAUACCAUAUUUGCCAAAGGAUCCUGUAAAAAGUUUCGACACGGGUGAAUUCCAUCGUGUUGACGUCAUGUUAGGUAACGUAAUCGACGAAGGAUCUCUGUUUCUUGCUGCUUAUAAAGAAGAAUUUCUAACUUCAGACGAUCCGGCGAUAAACAAAAUUCAAUCUAAAGAAUUUCUCUCAAACAUUUUGAACUUUAACGACACUCUUCUACAGCCUGUUUUAAAGAACUAUUUGGAAAAUGUAUCAAAUGACGACCAUCAAGCGAUUCUUAAACAAACUCAUAAAGUGAUAGGAGAUUGGAUAUUCAAAUGUCCAACAAACUUUCUUGCGGAAAAGCUUGCAGGACAUAAUAUCAAAGUUUAUCAUUACACUUUUAAUCACAGCCGUACAAAAAAUGGGCAUAGAAAAUGGACUGGAGUACCCCAUUUCGAAGAAGUACCAUUCAUAUUUGGGGUACCUUUACAGAAAACAAAAUUGUACACUCCUGAAGAAAACGAAUUUAGUCGUAAUCUUAUAAAGCUUUGGACUUCAUUCGCAAAAACUGGUAAUCCAACUGAUCUCAUGAGCGACGAAUGGUUACCUUUCACCAGUGACACUCGAAAUUCCAUUGAAUUAAAACCAGGAAACAUAAAAGGCACCAAGUUAUUGGAAGAUGACAAUUGUAAAUUCUGGAAAACUUAUUAUCCCAAAUAA